AUGCACUCGUCGCUGCCGUCGUCUGUCGGAGCCGAGUCCGUGCAGGCGAAGCUCGAGGCGGCCUCCAAGUACGUGGAGGAGAUCCCUUUCUUCGGGUCGAAGACAGAUUUCUGUGGGCAUGGCCAGGAGUCCGUAGGCAUUGUCGAGGAGGUUGAGCUCGCAGCCAAGGACAUCAAGCUCAUCACGACAGUGUUGAAAUGUGUUGCGACGUGUGCGCCACAUGGUUUCCUUCUGGAGGAGCUGACAGAUGACCUGCCCACAGCUUUUUGUGCCUGCUUAAACGCUGCGGCCAUGAUGCGCUCAUGGAGUGACACGCAGCUGCUCAACACGAGAAGGAGCAACAUUGGCAACCACAUCGGCGCGGCUUUGCCUGGCUAUUCGGGUCAUGUUCCCAGUGUUCGUUUGGAGGGCGAGGCCAUCGCUUCAACUUUUGGUCGUUCUCUGAGAAUUGCGCAAGGCGUGCGCAGCCAGAAGACUUGUGACAUUCAGGCAAUGCGCUUGCAGCGCGAAGAGCAAGACCGGCGGACCAGGAGUAUAAUUCCACCGACAAGGGCUCCAGAGUAUGACAAGCGUGGCAUCAGCUACCCACCAGCUGGCGACACACUUCAUUCGCGAAUCCCAGAGUCCAACGAGGAGAAAUAUCACUACCAUUCUGGCAUGGGAUUGACGUCUCUUGCCUACGACGGCCUCGGCGGCGCGGGGAAGCUCCGAAGCCAUGGAGCUGCUGCUCGAGCAAUUCCUGGAUACCAGGGCUUCAUCCCGGGCAAGGUUACAGAAAAUGCUUUCGCGGAGACCUGGUCCAAAACGCAGGAGACGUCUUUGGCAUCUCACUUCGCAGCACGAGCAUCCGCUCCAAAAACGUGGACACUCAUGACGGAGGGCAGGACGACGCUAGCUCCUGUUGCAUCGGACACCAUCGCCGAGAUGCCGAUCCGGAAUCCUUCCUACCAGGACCAUGCCAAAGGAUGGUCCGAGUGCAAGGUCACGGGCAAAGAUGUCCUGCCAGCCGGUGCAGCUGCACCGUUUGGACGACACGAGGUCUUUGGCAUGAAGGUGCCAGACGUUUCACAGGUUCUCCACCAUGGAGUAGCGCCAAUCCAUGGCUACAAGGGCUACAUUCCUGGGCGUAUCAGCGAAAACGUGAUUGGCGAGCGGCAGGGCAAGUCCAUCGCAUUGGCAGACCAUCUACAUCGUAAAGAAAGUGGAGUAUCAAAGCCCGGCCCAGAGAAGGCAGAGACGCUGCUUGAGACGGCGAAGGGCAAGCUGGCUGCAAUCAAAGAGCACUUGGGCAGUCUUGAGUCUGGCUGUUCCGAGGUGGGUCUGGGACCAUGCCAAGUGAAGGUGAAAGACUUCCAGGAACGACUGUCUAGGCUGAGCCACACCGUGGCACAGCACAAGCUGAGCGUUGAGGCCACGAAGGAAGAGACCACAAGCAAAACACAGGAAGGCGGCGAAGGUGGUGCCAGCGAAGGCACCGACACCCAGAAUGGAGGUACAGCCGCCCCCACCACAGCACCUCCCGCACCUCCCGCAGCGGAUGCCCCCACCGCCGGCCCCGCAGCAGCACCCCCCGCACCGCCUGAGAUGGCAUCCGUCCCUCAGCCUGCAGCAGCAGUGGGGCAUGAAGUGCAGAAGGAGAAUUCCCCGAUGCAAAUAGACGAGCCUGCACAAGCGGGCAAGCCUCAAGAAGCUUGCGCUUCAGCUUGGCAUUUCAGGGGGCACAUGAAGCCCUUGGAGGCAGCCCAUGGUGGUGCCCAGGCACCCUCUGCUGGGCGGCGAUACAUCGGGUGCGAGGAACACAUGCAGGAUGCAGGCACCUCCGUACCAUUUGCUGGAAGACAUGGCUCUGGAAGAAGACACCUUCCGGCCCACCAGGGCAACCUGAACCUCUUCAAGGAGGGCGCCCCUGACGAACGACUUUGGAGUCGGAAUGGCCCUCUGCCGCACCAGUCUCCUCCGAGGCAGCCAUCUCCCUCUUCGUGGGAGGGCUAUGCCAGCAUGGAAGCUGCAGAGGUCAGAAUACCUUCGCAAGCCGAGAUGAAAGAUUCCUUGAAGGAGUGGCUAUGUGCAAGCCACAAUCUCGAGAUCGGUGAUGCUGUCAAAUGGGAUCAAGUUGCCGUGGAGAAGAACGGCAUGUUCUGGAUUGUGUUCGCACUCAACUCGAAGGGUAUAUCGCUGUCGCGGGAGGGCCCGACAGCCAGAGCUCUUGCGGCAAAGCUGUCCGCACUACCGAUUACAGAGCUGCGGCACUUUGGGCUCCGUUUGCAAUCACCUCAAAGUGAGGAGAUUCGGAGUGCAAACCUCUCUCUCCAGUCUCCAGGUGUUCACGAGAGCCUCGGGUCCAAGGAAACGGAGACCUCUGCUGAGAUCUCUGAUGCUGCAGGUGCGCGACGCACUCGCAGCCCGGAGGACGUUCGAAAGAGAUACAUAGCUUCCGGAAAGGACAACUUCAAAGGAUUGGGCCAGGCGCAAGUUGAAGCUCCCGCAGGCGGGCGCCGAUUCAUUGAGAUCAGGGACAACCUGACAAGCGGUGCCACUUUCAGGGAGAACGGCGAGGACCCUCAGGCGUUCCUGCCCAUGCGCCGAGCUGCACAUACCUUGAACCAGGGCAGUGGCCCAGCUGCAAGUCGUGUUGCACGUGUUGGGACCAGAUUCUAG